GGGAUGUUGGCAGUUAGUAAGAAACAAAGGAAAGAAUCUAGUUUGAUAUUUGUCAAACUAUAAAGGUUGAAAAAAAAAUAUUUUUAUAAACAAAUAUAUGCAAUGUUUCGAAAUACUUACCAGGGCGGAUUUUUAUCCAUUUUGUAUAGUUGCGGGUCAUCUCCUCUGGAAUUGUGGGACAUGCACGUAAAAAACGGAUAUAUACGAAGAAUCACAGAUGAAGAGAUAAAAUCAUUGGCAUUGGAGAUAGCCGGGACUAAUGUGGCUACAACUUAUAUUUAUUGCCCGGCAGAUCCGAAGAAGGUGCUGGGUAUUAAGUUGCCCUUUCUUAUCAUCAUUAUCAAGAACAUGAAGAAGUAUUUCACGUUCGAGAUAACAAUACUGGACGAUAAGAAUAUGCAUAGGAGAUUCCGCGUGAGCAAUUUUCAGAGUACGACACGCGUUCGUCCGUUUAGUACGUCAACGCCCAUCGGGCUUUCGGGUGGAUGGAAUCAGAUUCAAUUCAACUUGUGUGAUUUUACACGACGGGCCUAUGGCACAAAUUACAUUGAAACUACCAGAAUGCAGAUUCAUGCCAACUGCAGAAUCAGACGAAUUUAUUUCGCCGACAGGCUUUAUUCAGAGGACGAAAUGCCGGAAGACUUCAAGCUUUUCUUUCCAGUGCACCUGAAGAAAUGCGUUAGAGAGGAAGACGUGAAAAAGAAACCUAGCCUGGUUCCUGAGAAAGUACCGUUCAUCAAAGAACCAACUAUCGAACCGGAAGUGUUAGUGGAGGAGAUCAUUGAGCCGCCGACAAUUACGAAGGAACCUGAUUUAAUUGAGGAAGUGUUACCAGAAGUGCCUCCGGAAGAAGUGGAACAGGUAAUUGUAGAGAGAGAUGAAGAGGAAAGAGAAGAGGAAAGAGAAGAUGAAAGGGAAGAAGAAAGAGAAGAAGAGGAAGCUGAAGUUGAAGAAACUGUGGUUGACGAAGAGGAAGAAGAGGAACCUACAGACAUUCGCGAAGAUGAGGAUGAAGAAGAAGCUAUCGAAAUGGGUGCGUAGAAAUUGGAAGAAGGUUACACGGAAGAUGAGGAUGAAUAAAUAAAAUAUAAUUUCAUUAGCACAAUAAAUAUAGCGUAUCUUAUAUAA